CUCUAUACCCAGCUGAUUAGCUUAAAGUCCAUAUUUCUGUCGUCGGCUCGAACAUUGUUUAUAAGUUUCUCGAAUAACAUUGAUUGAUAUGAAGAACAACACAACAAUGGAAAGCAACAAAUAUUAAACCAAGCUAUUGCUUAGAAAAGCUAAAACAGCUAGCCCAAAUUUAACAAUAAUAAUGGAUAAGCUUAAAGUGAAUUGAACUGAUUAAACAGAUAAAAAGCAGCGAAAACAUGGACACGAAUUCCAUCGACAUCAUGUCAACCGGUCCCAUGGAAGAAUCCAUGGACAUGGAGUUAUUCAAGGAUGAAGACGCCUUCGAUAUGAUCAAUGAGGUCCUGCAUUUGGACAUGUUGGACAGCAUUUUGGACGAGAUGCCCCUCCUACUGCAGACGGAGGACCCAAUGCUAAAGCCCGUAGAGCGGCCUCAUGUAAAAAGCGAGCAUUAUUCUCCAGUUCACGUCAAGGAGGAGAUGUUGCAACAGGCUUCAUUGCCACUCUACAACCCGGAUCCCUUGAUGGGAUCAAACUACAAACUACCCCAACAACAGCCUCAGCCGCCACCACCGCAGCAUGUGGUCAUGCAACCCACGGCUACCAUCCACCACAUGGACGCCCAAAGGAUGCCUCCGAGUGCCCCGCUCUACUCCCCCUCUCUCGGCAAUGGAUUUGUUUAUCAAACCGUUUCCCCACCCACGCCGCCAGGUGACUCAUCUCCUCAUAACGGAAAUGUCCAAACUAUGCAAACCAUGGCGGGGCAGACGGCUCUGCCGCAUGUAGCACCAACACCACCCUACAUUAUGUGUGCCCAACCCCCUCUAACCCCUGUAGCCGCCAUGCCUGCACUGCUGAAAUCUCCAACAACCCCGAUGGUGGCUAGUCCCAAGACCUCUCCUUCAAUUGCUCCACAACCUAGAAGCAGCAAGGGACGAGUGGCACAGCUGGCCCCAACACCGGCCGCCGCCGCGGGUGAAAUAACCAAUGGCAAAGUGGCCAUCAGUCGAGCCCAGCCGAAGGUAAAGGAGGUGAAGCGCUCGGCUCACAACGCUAUCGAGCGCCGAUACCGCACCUCGAUCAAUGAUAAGAUCACUGAACUUAAAAAUCUAGUGGUUGGAGAACAAGCCAAGUUGAACAAGUCUGCAGUAUUGCGGAAGUCCAUCGACAAGAUCAGGGAUUUGCAACGCCAGACGCACGAGCUGAAGGCGGAAUUGCAACGUCUCCAGCGUGAACUAAUGGCUCGGGAUGGGUCCAAGGUAAAGGACCUCCUUCAAUUAGGCACUCGCCCUGGCCGUGGCUCGAAGAAGCGCCGAGAAAGCUCCCUGACCUCUUCUACGGACGCCGGACUAACGCCUCCGCGUAGCGAUGUUUCCGAUCCAUCCCUGUCACCGCUGCACUCGGACAUCUCAUUGCCGCCAUCGCCAUACAGUGGCUCUACGGCCAGCUGCAGUAGUGGUAGCAGCAGUAAGGACGAACUGGUUGUUGUGCCAAGCUCGAUGCGCGGCAUGGCCACCCAAUCGCGGCUCGGACUUUGCAUGUUCAUGUUUGCCAUUAUGGCGAUCAACCCUUUCAAGACUUUCCUUCAAGGCCGUCAAUUCGGUAGAUUUGGCGACGAUGACUUAGGCGGAGAGCUAAGUGGUCAGCGACGAAGCAUUCUCUCUUACGAUGUGGAUGGCGGCGAUGGUUUUCCUGCUUGGCAACACAGCUCCUUCAUAUGGCUAAUGAACUUGACUCUAAUAAUAGGCUGCUUGGUAAAACUACUGGUCUACGGUGAUCCACAGCUGGACACCCAGUCGGACAUCUACUGGCAGCAUAAGCAACGCGCCGAAGCUCACUUUUCCCAGGGUCAGGCGGCUCAGGCUUAUGCCGGCUAUCUGAAUUGUCUUCACAUGUUUGGACUGAGUUUGCCGGCCACUCGCUUGGAAUGCUACCUUCAGACCACUUGGCAGUUCAUACGCUUUGCUUUUCAUCGCCUUUGGUUGGGUCGUGUGCUGUCCCGUCGGACAGGUGGACUCUUUAGCAACGCGGCAAACAGAAAGCAAGCUCUGGCCUCAGCCCGUGAGCUGGCUCUGCUCUUCAAUCGCCUCAACCAACUGCAACUGACGGGCAAUGGAAAUGGAAGCGGAAAUGGUGUAAUGAUGGCUCUAUACGCCAGCAACAUGGCUGAAGUGGCUCAAAAUCUACUAACGCCACGAGAAACCAUAUGCAUUCACGUGAUGACGGCCCUGCGGAUGAAACGAAGUGCACCCAAGUGGCUGCAACAGCUUUUUGCCCGCUAUUACAUGAGCCGGGCACGACAGGAAUGCGGACGUACGCGAGCCACCGAGCAGACACAGGAACUGCGUUGGGCCUUUACUCUUUACGGCUAUCGCUAUUGCAGCACCCACAUCUUCAAUUACGAUCUGAGUGAAUCCAGCGAACAGGACGACUUUUUCACGAGGCUACGCAACCCGUGCGACCCAACAGCUCACGUUCUAAAGCAAUACCGGGAACAUUUGCUUUUUAAAGCCAUUCAGUGCUUAGUUGGAGCCGGGCACAAGUCAGGUGGUGUACCUGCUUCCUCUGUAGGUGGAGAAGCGGAGCAAUUGCAGCAGCAGCAACAGCACAGUGGUACUAUAGUGAGCAAUGUGCUGAAAUACACAUCACUGCUCCGAGACACUCUCUGGGCUGACGAGGACGAACUCGACACGAAUGUGGUGUGGUGGGCUAACGUCCUGGAGAUUGCAGUUCACUGGCUGUUGGGCGAGGACACACUGGCAGAAAAGCUGUAUGAUGGCAUCAAACAAGUACCAGUCAAGUUCCAGCAGAACAACGAAUCAGAUCACCUUCCCAAGGCACUUCACGCGGUUCUUCGAGCCAAAAUGAUACUGCUGAUGAACAAUGGUAAUAAUCUGGACAAAAGAUUGAAGCAAUCGAUCAACAGCCUCUGCGACGAAUCUAGUGCCCAGUUGCAGGAGUGUUUGACUGUUAAUCGGAUUCAGAAUGCCAAAACCAUAAAGUUGCUGUUUCAAUUGCUCACCUGCGAUUGGCUACUCGAGACACGUACGGCCAUGUGGGAACUUGAACACAUGAAUAUGGAUGACGAUGGCUUUUACCAAGUCCCUGGUGACGAGCUAGAGAAAUUCCAGACCGAUUUAAAUUCGUUGCGCAGCAUUGUUGAAAAUAUACCAAAUGCGCAGUCAAGGAUAUACUUGUACGAAGCUGUUUGCCGGCUAAUGGCCGGGGCCUCGCCCUGUCCCACCCAACAGUUAUUGGACAGAAGCCUACGCUCGCGAUACGCCCACUCGUCCAUCUUCUGUGGAAGCAAGGACCGGCGUCAACAAAACUUCGAAGGCGGCGAACGAGAACGGGCUGCUGCAAUGUAUGUAGCCUGCAAGUACCUACCUCCCGCCCUGCUCAGCUCUCCGGGUGAGCGUGCUGGCAUGCUGGCCGAGGCGGCCAAAACUCUGGAGAAGGUGGGCGACAAACGGAAGUUGAAGGAGUGCUACCAGCUAAUGAAAUCCCUGGGCAGUGGUAUUGGUAGCGUCAAAGCUUAAUCACGGAUUUGAUUAUUAUAAGUGUCUUAUGUGUGUAAUUUGACAAGGAGUCGGGAUAGAAGGCAAAAUAUGAGCCUUGAUUUCCAGCCCAUUUCCCAUUUUCCUCCCUCCCCCAGGAAAAAGCUGCCUUUAGGCUUUUUAUUUACAUUUCACCUCGUUUAUGCCCGUUAUGCUUAGAUUGUAAUUCCCAAGUAAUUUAAUAUGGAAAUCGUAUUUGUUUAAUAUUUACCGUAAUGGUUGAACAUAUUUAUAUCAAUAAAUAUUUUAACAGUUUGACCUUGAA